AUCUGUGCCGUGCACAGUUAUAUGCGCUCUCUCUGUCAUUUCAUGUUCAUGUGGUUCAUGUGCGUGUACAGGAAACAUGGCGAACCCAAUAUCGAAGAAAAGGAAGUUUGUUGGAGAUGGUGUAUUCAGGGCCGAACUGAACGAAUUCCUGACUCGAGAGCUAGCAGAAGAUGGCUAUUCCGGAGUUGAGGUUAGGGUGACCCCAACACGCACUGAAAUAAUAAUCAUGGCCACUCGUACACAGAAUGUUUUGGGCGAGAAGGGCCGCCGCAUUAGAGAAUUAACGUCCGUUGUUCAGAAGAGAUUUGAUUUUCCAGAGCAUACUGUCGAGUUGUAUGCAGAGAAAGUUGCCACAAGAGGAUUGUGUGCUAUUGCCCAAGCUGAGUCUCUGCGUUACAAGCUGAUUGGUGGACUUGCUGUGAGGAGGGCAUGCUAUGGUGUGUUGCGUUUUAUCAUGGAGAGUGGUGCCAAGGGCUGUGAAGUUGUGGUUUCUGGAAAGCUGAGAGGUCAGCGAGCCAAGUCCAUGAAGUUUGUGGACGGCCUGAUGAUUCACAGUGGUGAACCAACAAAUGACUAUGUUGAUACUGCCACCCGCCAUGUUCUUCUUAGGCAGGGAGUGUUGGGCAUUAAGGUCAAGAUCAUGUUGCCUUGGGAUCCUAAUGGCAAGACUGGCCCCAAGAAACCACUUCCAGAUAAUGUAUCAGUGGUAGAACCAAAGGAAGAGACCUUACCUACAGUUCCAUCGAGUGAUGUUAAGGCAUCUAAACCUGAUGCGCCUCCAAUACCAGGUGCAACCUCACUUUGAAUGCAUCAUGUAAAUAACAGGAUGACAUUUAUUAAAUAAACAGUAUAAUGAAGA